AUGCUGCAGCAGGGGAACUCGGCAGUCACAUGACCUGGCGAGUCACCACGUGACGUCAGAGGAUCCAGUUACCAGAAGGGUUUAGUGUUGUGUUACCCCGGGGCUGCUGCAGGUACGUCUCUGCCAUUGUAAUUGUGUAGCAGCGCUUAUCACUGAGCCGGACUUGUGUGGCCUGUCGCCGGGUACGGUGACGGCAGACCCGCCCCCAACUGUCGCUGAUCGGUGAAAGGCUGUGAUAGCGGCCUGCCUAGGCCUGGAUGUCUGCAGAGGAGACGGGAGCCCUGACAUGUUGCAGAAAGAUCAGAUCUGGAAGGAAAGAAACCUUUUAGAUCCCAAUCUGUCUUAUCAGAACAGUCUGGAUCAGUUUCCCUCAGCUUCAAGGGAGGAUCUUCAAGAUACGGCCAUGUCCUAUGUGUUUGUGAAUGAUUCCUCCCAGACGAAUGUGCCCCUGCUGCAGGCGUGCAUUGACGGAGACUUCAAUUACUCCAAGCGCCUGCUGGAAAGCGGCUUUGACCCCAACAUACGGGACAGCCGUGGCCGCACCGGCCUCCACCUGGCUGCAGCCAGAGGGAAUGUAGACAUCUGCCAGCUCUUGCACAAGUUUGGAGCUGAUCUUCUGGCUACAGAUUACCAGGGAAACACAGCCCUGCACUUGUGUGGGCACGUUGAUACCAUUCAGUUCCUUGUCUCCAAUGGUCUUAAAAUUGACAUUUGUAAUCACCAAGGUGCCACCCCACUCGUCCUAGCAAAACGCAGGGGAGUGAAUAAGGAGGUCAUCCGCAUGUUAGAGUCCUUGGAGGAACAAGAGGUCAAGGGCUUUAACAGGGGCACUCACUCUAAAAUGGAGGCCAUGCAGACGGCUGAGAGCGAAAGGUACGUCCAGUGCUCCGAGCUGCUAAUGGAAAAGGGACACAGUACUAUGUCCGAAGGAUCCACUGAGGAAGAUUGUGCUAUGGAAAGUCAUUCUCUCCUGAAUCCAAACCUACAGCAGGGGGAAGGGGUCCUCUCCAGCUUCCGCACCACUUGGCAGGAAUUUGUGGAGGAUCUAGGGUUUUGGCGGGUCCUCCUCCUCCUUAUCGUUAUUGCUCUGCUUUCUCUAGGCAUAGCAUACUAUGUCAGUGGGGUGCUGCCAUUUGUGGAGAAUCAGCCUGAAUUAGUCCAUUAAGACGAAGGCUAAGCCAGCUUGUCCAAUCAGCUGUUGUUCCUUUUAACCGCAGCGCCAUUUGUGGGUGCUGCUCGUCUAGACUGAAUCACUCUUCAUCGCCCCAUCCUCAUUCCUAGGGACUAACUGCGUAUUCCCAGAUGGCGUAUGGAAAGGUUCUUGCACCACCCUAAGGGACGUUGGAAAGGAUGGACCUGGACACUUUCUAGCGUGAAGUUGAAGGAAGGCCUUAUAGCUACUAUUUGCCGCUGAUAUCUUAUGUACGAGCAGAGUAGUAGCCACUCAGCGCAAAGAGAUUCAUUGUCUUGACCUGCCAAUGAAGGCGAGGGUCUUGGUUCUUUCAUCAAAUGAAAUUACAAUGGUUCCAUAUGAAUGAUGACUUGAGUUUGUUUUCCUUACCAUUUCAACCUUUCGCCAUUUUAUAUCUUUGUCCUUUGGUCUAAUUAAUGGCCAGAAGUGUUUAAAGUAUUAUGACUUGUUUUUGUUUUCUUUCCUUUUGUUUAUUAUUUCUAUGUUAAAACUGUAUUAAUGAUCUGGUGUAAUAAAGAGCGUUCCCGAGGAAUUCACACUUCUUACAGUGAUGGAAGAGCCAGCCACCGGUGUGCCCAGCUAGCCAUCAUAUAAGAUGCCGUUUAAAUGUACAGUGCAUGACAAAGUUAAGCUGACUAUUUAACUCUAUGGCUCUGCAAUACCUCCAUUGGGUAUUCCCAACGUCUCUAUGCGUGGUCCCAAAAUGCACACGAUGCAUGAAAAUAACCUGAUCCAUCCUGCUUAGAUAAUUAUCAGGCCUGUUAGCGCUCCCCCUCCAGUGAUCCUUCUGUCGGCCUAUGUGUGCGCUUAUCUCAAGCUUGAAAAGUCGCAAUGUAAGCCGACCAUGAUCCCACAGCUUUACAUGAGCAGUGAGUGGCAGGAUGAGCUUUUGUUUGGCUAACUUAUGUUUCUUUAUAUAAAAUAACAUUCAUGUGUUUGUAUACAUACAUACAUACACAACUAUGGGUAGUUAAGACUACAACAUGAUCAUUGCACAUUAACAGUGAUAUUGAUAUUUUACUAAAAGUAGCUCAUGAUCACAAUACAAAACCAGUGUAUUAAAGUGCUGGUGGCAUCAUAUCAAAAUAGUACUGCUGACGAAUUUGAUAUUGUAGUAAGAACCGAUACUUCUAUGAUUACUGACUGUAAUAGUCCAUGAACACAAGACAAGUUGAAAUUUGUUGACUAGUAAAGACUUCUAUGGAUCCUAUAACAUGUGAGGCUGCUACCCGGCUAAUGUCCGGUAAGUAAGCAUUGUGUGGAAAUGUGGGAAGGCUGAUAAAACAGUUCUGAUUAUCUUUUGAAGUUUUUAUGUAUAUGUUAUUUGUAGUUCCCUUAUGUAAGACUGUAUUUGUUUUGGGUCCCUUUAAAAAAGAGCCACUGUAGGUAUAAAAUAUUUAAAUCCAUUAAAGUAAUCUGAUUUUUAUCAAGGUUUAUUAUUGUGCAGAUUGCACAUUCCAGUCUGUUCAAAGCCAGCAAUCUGCACUUGGUAGAUAUUCCUACCUUAUCCUAGCAGCUCGCUGGCCUGGAUUUCUGAAAUGAGUUAGUGGUUCCCAAACUUUUUUGAAUCAUGGCGCCCUAGAGUAUCAGAAUUUCUUUCAUGGCACCCCUAGGCAAAGGUUCAUUAUUGAGAAAUUUAGAAAUAAAUAUUAAAUUAAGUAAAUUGUGUUUAUCCUUAGGUUCAAUUGUUUGUUUGAUGAGGGACAAUUUGAGUCUGUUUGUCCACAUAUUUUAUGAUUGACAUCCACCAGCACUAGUUUUGCCUAUUACUUUGACCAUAAAUACUAUGAAUUGGUCCUGGACCACCAAUCCAAGGCACCCCUGCAAGUGUCCCAAGGCACCCAGUUUGAGAACCACUGAGUUAGACGUUCGUUCAGGCCCUAAAAUAACCACCUCAACUGUUAGACUUAUUCACUUACUCUCCUGGAAUAUCUGGGACAACCAAAUUUCAGGGAGUACUUACAGACCGCGGAGGGCGUAGGCCUCCCCCUCUCCGUGAUCCUGGAUGUCUUUCUUGCGAAGUAGGCUCAGUCGUUGAAUUAGACAAGGAUGUGAUUCACAGCUCUGCACAGCACUUGGCGUGUCUGGUGAGGGAAAACACGCUAUGCCACCCCCUGCACCUGCCACUUAGUUCAAAGUGGAGGCAAAUAUGACCUUGGUGAUGGGAGCUAGGUCACAUGUUAGGAGUUGUGUCAGCAGCACUAUUAGGGGCUCAUAUUGGAAAUAGUUUAGAUCCAGAACUUGCUCUAAAAUAUGUAUACCUGGGGUGGUAUUCAAUUGUUUGAAAAGUCAGUUGGGUGUCUGUUUUUUCCUAUCUAAUAGGAAAAAACAGAAACCCAACUGACUUUUCAAACAAUUGAAUUCCCCCCUAUAGUUUUAAUGUAUGUACAUUUUAAAAGUAUGGCAUCGGGUUUUUUAAAUGUUCUGCUUUAGGUGUUAGUAAUUGUAAUUUCAUGCCCUCUCUGACAUUGUAACUCUGAUCUUUUGCUUGAAAAUACUUUUAUUGCUAGGGUUCGAUUAAUUAGAUCUACAGUAGACUCAGUCAGUCAAUAGUUCGACCCUAAAUGGUCGACAGUGAAAAUGUUGACAAGGUCAAAAGAUAGACACGUGUUUUUCUGCAUUUUUGGGUGUCGUGUAUGUUUAAUUACAUGUGACCCCCAAUUAGUCUAUCGUUGCUCCUUGCAUGACUCACUCUGUUACUACUGCGCUUUGCACAGGUUACUACUCCCAAUCGUCGUCCACAUGGAUGGUAAAGUAUGACAAAAAAAAUCUUGUGUCGACCAUUUUAACCUGCCAACCUUUUACAUGUACACUUUUUUGAUCGUGUCGACCUUUUGAACCUAUAGACCACAUAGUGUCAACCUAUUUGACUGUCUUAUUGUUUUACUGUAGAUCUAUCAACCGGAUACCGAUUGUUAUGUGUCUGUGUAAACAUUUUGAAUCUCUCUUAUAUCCGUCUGUUACUUUACUAUAAAAAGUAAUAUAAAACUUUUAAAACUACAUGUAAAUGUGCCUAAUGGAGUAUAACUCUGGACUGCUCUUUAAAUAUAGCCAAUUUCAAUACUCUACAUCAUCAUUUACCUUCCAACGUAGUACAAAAUGAUUUGUUCAUUUUAUCACUUAACUUUCAAUUGUUUUGAAGUAAUUGAUGUUUAAUGAUUUGUAUAAUAUUAACGUAUUCUGUACAGGUUACUGCAUUCAGUAAGUGAGUGAGGGGAAAAGGGCCACGCUCACAUGAAUGAUCCCUGUAAAUCAAAUCGGCUAGAUAUGAAAGCUAUAAUGGGUGUAAGGAGGUGUCCUGUAAAUACUGACCACUACUAAUGGCAAAAUGUAGCUGGUAUAUGUAUGAAAAGAGGAUGAAGCAUUCUAUGCUCUGGAAGGCAGCGUAUGAUUGGCCGUGAGUCGUACACAAUCCAUCCUCCAAUGCAACAAGCGUCUUCCAAUCCUCUCAGGACUAACCUCUGUCAAAAGUGGCAGCUGGCGUGUGGAACAGUUGAGUGCAACACCCCCCCCCACCCCCCCCUUUUAGGAGUAUCUCGUCUUGCUGUUCAGUGCAACUCUGCAGCAUAGAUAGCUCCUGAGAACUUUUAACAGUAUUUUUUUUUUUUUUGUUCAGAGUGAACAGCGAAUGGAAGUGGCUAGAAUAUGUAAGGGGUGAAUUGUAUGCACUGCCUAUUUUGGAAUUACUGGUCCAUGGGGAAAAUAAAAAUAAAAACUUUGUGGAAUUACCAUGUGCAGCUGUAUACAGCUUACAUUUUAGUUGUAAAAAUGCAAAAAAAUUGCAUGAUGUUUUCACAGUUUGGACUUUAGAAAAUGUAGCUAUUGAUUAAUAUUAUUGUACCUUACAUUAAUAUUUUUUCUUUGUAUACAGACUGAUAUAUCUUGUGUUAUAUCUUUUUGACAUUUAAAUAAAAAUCUUUCCCGA